AUGCCUAGUGAAGUCGAUUGUCGCCGUGGUGCUCAUGUCAAUCCUGAUAUAUUCAAGCUCGAAAAUAAACCUAGGAAUAUUUUAUGUCAUGAAAUUGGUGCAGGUUCUCGUUGUUUAAAGUGUGAUUGUCCAGGCCUCGAUUUACAUUAUUGGAGGAAAAUGUGUAAAAUAUGUUCUUGUAGAAUGGAUGAUCACGAUGUAAUAUUACCUCGAAAUAUGGAUCAUGGUCAGAUAGUUAUAGGUCGCUUAUUUGAUUUUAUACCGCACUUUGAAAGUAAAUUACGUUUGACUUCUCCUGUAAGUUUAAAGCAGUCAUGCUCUGUUUCUCACAAUAUGUCGGAGGUCUGUUAUCUUCAGUACAAAUUAUUUGCGAAUUAUUGUUUGGGAGUAGUUAUAUUUAAAGAAAUAUUCAUUCUUUCUCCUAAUUUUCAGCAAAAAAAACUGGAGUCGCUAUACAAUGUUAAACUUGAAAAUCCAGGAGAAAAAAACAUGAUGUCAGAAUAUACAUGGGUCCCAACUACUGACAAAGUACUGACGGAAAAAUACUUCAAUGCUCUUCCAGAGAGUGAACGUCCAAUUGCCAACACAGAAGGAGCCCUUGAUCGACGUCAAAAAUUGCAAUAUCAGCUACCUCAUCAUGAUUCGGAUGCAUCUGCUGCAAAAUCCUUAAAAACCGAGCUUGACAAAAAAGAGCACGCAAACUACGUGAUGACCGUUAAGGAAAAAAUUGUCGGCGUUGGAAGGCUAAUUCAGUUCUCAGAGACAGAUACAUCAUAUAACUAUAACGAAGCUGCAGCAUCUAGAUCUAUUGAAACUGGCAGUGACAGUCCGCAUUACAGUAUCGGGGAGUGCCAGUUUUGUCAUAAGAAUCUGAAAGUAGGAGAAGUUGCUGUCGUGACAGAACAUGGACUAUCAGAUGAAAUGUGGCAUGUAAACUGUUUCAAGUGUCAUAUAUGCAGUCAGAGGCUCGUUGAUCUUCUGUAUUUUUAUAAAAAUGGUAUCUAUUACUGUGGUCGUCAUUUUGGAGAUUCUGUUUAUCCACGAUGUUCAGGUUGUGAUGAGCUCAUUUUCUCAAAAGAGUAUACCUUUGCUGAAGAGAAAAGUUGGCACUUGGAUCAUUUUUGCUGUUUUGGAUGUGAUAUGCAGUUGGGUGGUCAUCGGUAUAUGAUGAAAGAUGAGCAGCCAUUUUGCUUCGCUUGUUAUAUGAAAAGAUAUGCAAAAACUUGUCAUUUUUGCAAUAUCAAAAUAGCUCCUGAUCAACAGCGAAUCUCCUUCAAAAAUUUGCAUUGGCAUGCUGGUGACCGAUGUUUUCGGUGCAAAAAGUGUGGCAAAGUACUGUUGAAUCAAAAGUUUAUCGUUAAAAAUGAAGAAGUUUUUUGUAGCUCAGAGUGCAAAAAGAAUUAUGCGGGUUAA